AUGCUUUUAAGAAAGGUUUUCUUGCGCGUAGAAUACGAUCUCUUCAAGCGUAACGGAACGUGCCGCGCGCUGCACGCCAGAGCCGCAGCGACAGUGCAUGCACCUGCAGGAGAGCGCGACGAACGCGUCUACGCGUACCUGGCACGCGCUGCAGAGGGAAACCCGUUCAAAGAUGCGCUUCGCAUUCUCCAGACGACGCGUGGAGAACCUUUGACGCUGACGACGAGUCAAUUGAAUCGUCACGUGCGAGCACUUGCCGCCGGUUUGCGAGGCGAGCUCGGCCUCCUUCCAGGCGAUCGUAUCGCAAGUUGGUUGCCGUCAGGUAGUGCAGAGUUUAUCAUUCUCGCACUGGCUAGCGCUGCUUCCGGACUGGAGCUCGUUUCGCUCCCACCGCCGAGGAGGAUCCUGCGGACGUCAUCACCGCUGCCGCCCAAGGAUGACACGAACACUAGCGCGCAGGACGGCGUGGUGGACGACAUCACACUCGAGCGCGCGCUGCGAAUGCUUCAAAAGUAUCCACCUCGGGGUCUCAUCUGUUGGCAUGAUUACGAAGUUAUCCCGCGUGCAGUAGCUGCCCGAAUGCCGUCCCCGGAGCGUGUCGCACCAGCAGGGAGCACGCUGAGCAGUGUGCUGUAUGAUAAUUUGGAUGUGCCGGUGCAGCUCGUGCGUGCACUAUUCCUGGCUCCACCGACGGCUGCAGCUGAGCGCUCACCCGUAACCUGCGAUAGUGCUGGAUUGGCAGGAUUUACGCCGCUCACAGGUCAUACCAUACGGCCGCAACCUGCAUUGGUGCCGCAGCAGCUGGAGUUUGUCGCGCAUACCGGUCCGGAGAAUCUGCGCACGCUACUACGCUAUCGCAAUAUGCUCGUGUACGAUGCAGAUCCGCAUCCUCUGGAGGAUAAUCUCAAACAUAGUCACGAAAAGUUGGGCACAUUCAUUUUCUGCGAACCGGAAGCAGGCCAAGAUGGUAGCACUGGGCAUUUCGGUGCAGGGAAAGAUUGUUACGUACAUCUGGAUGAGAUGGCGAUCUUAAAGCACGCCCAAACCUUGGCUCAGAAACUGGGCGGCAUGCACGCCGAUCACGGAGAUGUUGCCCAUGGACGGGUCGUGCUCUCGCCCAGAAACCGCGAGCGCGCACAUCGUGUCAUGAUCACCGGCCUCUUUGCAGCGCUAACGAACGGAACCCUCGCCAUAGUGCCCUCCUAUGAUGCAAACGCGGAGCUGGGCUCAAGCAUCGCCGAAAAGCAAGGCGGCACACUGCUCGUACACGAGCUGUCCCAAUCGUAA